CUCUCUCCUUAAACGCACUCCUCUUUCCUCAGUUCGGUUUACUCACCUUUUCCCCCAAACAAUGCUGCCCUCUGUCUUGAUCAGUGCACUUGCACUGACCUCGAUCACUGUUGUUGCUUCACCACUCUCUACCGGCUAUCAUCCCGACGCACCGUCGCAGGCCUCGCUUGCCUUUGCUCCCUUGUUGGCGGAUCCGCCUCAGCCGAUAGAUGACUCCUACAUCAUCGUGUUCAAAAAGGAUGUAUCCGUUGAUCAGAUCACCUCGCAUCUCGCACUCCUGCAGCAAUUCACGGGUCUGAAUCCCCUUUCCGCUGAGGAUGAAGGAGGUGUCCAGCAUUUUUACGAUGGCUCUGCCGGUGUCAAAGGAUACGCAGGUCGCUUCUCCGAAGCAACGUUAGACAGCAUUCGCAUGCAGCCAGAAGUUGACUACGUCGAGAAGGAUCAGGUUGUGCAUACGCAAGGAGACGUCGUCAAGGAACGGAACGCACCUUGGGGUCUCGCCCGGGUAUCCCAUCGUCCAGCGCUGCGUCUCAGUACUUUUAAGGAAUAUCUCUAUGACGAGGAUGGUGGGGAUGGAGUCGAUGUGUAUGUCAUCGACACCGGGAUUCGUAUCGAUCACGUGGAAUUCGAAAACCGUGCCAAGUGGGGCCAGACCUUCGUAGACGAUGGCGACUACGAUGGCAAUGGACACGGUACUCAUUGUGCGGGCACCAUCGCUUCCCGCACAUAUGGCGUCGCCAAGUCCGCAAAUGUCAUUGCUGUGAAGGUCCUCGGUGCCAAUGGCUCUGGCUCUAUGUCCGGUGUUGUGAGCGGCGUGAACUGGGCCGCUUCGCAGGCGUCAAAGAAGCUUGCAGAAGCCAAGGCUGAGCUCGCUCAGUCCGGAAGGACAAAGCACAAAGGCAGUGUCGCAAAUAUGUCUCUAGGUGGUGGGAAAAGCAAGGUACUUGAUGCUGCGGUCAACGGGGCCGUAGAGAACGGCAUGCAUUUUGCUGUCGCCGCAGGCAAUGAUAACAAGGAUGCAUGUGACUACUCGCCCGCUGCGGCUGAAUUAGCCGUCACUGUUGGCGCAAGCACACUUGCGGACCAGAGAGCCUACUUCUCCAACUUUGGCAAAUGUGUGGACGUAUUUGCUCCUGGUUUGAACAUUCUAUCUACCUGGGCGACUUCCAACAUGUCUACUAACACCAUCAGCGGGACCUCCAUGGCUUCUCCCCACACUGCUGGUCUUCUGGCAUACCUCCUUUCCAUCUAUCCUUCAGCAUCGUUCGACCCGGUGCUCGGUGGCUUUGUCCCCGAGGCAUUGGCCUUCAUUCCUCCCAAGCAGACAACUGUUUCGUAUCUCAGCUCCAUCCUGGGAAGGUUCCUGCCCUUCCCUCUUCUUCCGGUGCAGAAUAUGCUGGAUUCAUCGGUUGCACCGGUCCCUGCGAUCAUCACUCCCGCUCAGCUGAAGAAAGCACUCAUCAAUCUGGCUACUGAAGGAAUUCUCACCGAUCUUCCUGCCGGGACCGUGAACAAGCUCAUUUACAACAAUGCUACCAUCGCCAAGUAGAGCUGCAAUGGCUGUAUAUUAUGCCGAGAACGACGAGGUUGUUUGUUUAUUGCACCUGUGCAUUCACCCUUGUAGAUUAGCAGCACCCACCCACGCCAUACUUUCUUGUUUUUAUCAACCUGUCAAUGCCAUCCCUCUGAUUCUGUCCAUUGCGGACUACAAUACAUUUAUUUGCG